AUGAAGCUCAGUCUCGCCUUUGCGUUGGUCGCCGCCGCCAUCUCAACCGUCUCGGCUGCCAUCUGCAAGGGCAUCGCGCCCCCCUCGUACACGGCCGCCGUGCAAGCCAACCCGCAGUUCGCGCCGGCCAUCAACAUGAUCAAGCAGUACCCGGUGGCCAACUGGUACGUCGACUGCGGCAGUGACUCGAUCGAUGCACUCAUGGCAUCUUGCCCCACGGACACGCCCGUCAUCAUCGUCUACGGUCUGCCCCAGAAGGAAUGCGCGUCGAGCUACUCGAGCAACGGCAAGAACACCAACGCCGGCGAGUACAAGGCGUGGAUCCAGUCGCUGGCCAACAAGAUCGGCAACCGCAAGGUCAUCUACAUUCUGGAGCCGGACGCCAUUGGACUCCUCUCAACCGGCGACGGCAGCAAGUGCGCUGUCAAGUACGGAUAUCAAGCCAAUCUCGCCGCGGCCGCGAGCAUCCUCUCGGCCAACAGCAACGCGCAGAUCUACGCCGACGUCGCGGGCUGGGCCUUCCAGGCGCCAGCCAUCGAGGCCCUCCAAGGUCUCGGCAAGCUCUCGGGUAUCUCGAUCAACACGUCCAACUACAAGCGCACGGUCGACAUGAUGCAAGUGUGCGAGUCGUACUCGCGACAGCUGGAAGGGCUCCAUUUCAUCAUUGACACAUCGCGCAACUUUAACGGGUCGCCGCAGAACGAGUGGUGCAACGCCAAGUCGGCGGGCAUCGGCGCGCCGCCAACCGACCAGACGGGCAGCCCGCUCGUCGACUACUACCUCUGGCUCAAGGUCCCCGGCGAGUCGGACGGACAGUGCGCGGGUCAGUCGAGCGACUCGAGCGCGGGCCCCGACGCCGGUCUCUUCUUUCCCGACGGCUUUCAGCGUCUCUGGGACCAGGGCUACUUCGUAUUAUCGCAAGGUGCGCCCAAGAUCGGCCAAGCCCCGGCGCCGGCCCCGACCCCCGCACCUGCCAACACCCAGUGCGCGAUUGAAGCCAAUAUCGACUACUACGGCAACGACAUGACCCGGCACCCGGUGAGUGGCAACACCAACGACCAGGUGAGCAACUGCUGUACCAAGUGCUCGGCAGCAAGCGGCUGUACCGGGUUUACGAUCAACGGCGGGUUUAGCUACCUCAAAAACAAGCUCGAGAACAAGCGGUGGAGUGAGUCGGCGGUCUCGGGCAGCCGCUCCAGUACAUCGUGCGGUGCGACGCAGGCCAACACUGACUAUUAUGGCAACGACAUCACCCGGCACGCGGUGAGUGGUGACGCCAACGGCCAGGUGAGCGACUGCUGUAAUAAGUGCUCGGCAACAAGCAGCUACAAGCGUUGGAGUGCGACGGCGGUGUCGUGCAGCCGCUCCAGUGGAUCGUGCGGUGCGACGCAGGUCAACACCGACUACUACGGCAACGACAUCACCCGGCACCCGGUGAGUGGUGACGUCAACAACCAGGUGAGCAUCUGCUGCGACAAGUGCUCCACGACGAGUGAUUGUGCCGGGUUUACGAUCAACGACGGCUUUUGCUACCUCAAGAGCAAGCUCGAAAACAAGAGCUGGAGCGGAACGGCGGUUUCGGCUAGCCGGUCGUCCUCGCGCCUGCGCCGUGUAUUACGCCGCUCGUCGUCGCCGAUGUAG